AUGAAUCGGGUGCUGAAACCGGCAGCAAUAACACUGCGCAGUCCGCUAGUGGCUCGGCGUACGGUCAGCGUGCUUCUGAAUGAGCGCAACAAAUCGCAGUCCCCUGCAGUCCCAGUCACGCCAGACGAGGACAGUUCGCGCGUCACCAAGGUAUCGCGCAACCUGAGCAACAUUUUCCAGAGCAAGCAGCAGCCGGCGCCUGUCGACCCGCGCUUCGAGGUGGUUGAUUCUGGCUACGGUUCCUUGGUCCUCGCCAAGAUGCCUGCAUACUCGCAGUUCUACGCACAGGUCGGGCAGACGCUUGGCCAGUCACCGCACGUCACGUCGCGGGCCACCACAAAGGGCGCUGUGGCAGUGGCAGCAUUGAGGCCGCUGUUGGGCCGCCGGGCGUUUGUGCAGGAAAUCUCGACCGAGGAGACCCCGGCGGACGUGCUGGUGGCACCCAAGCUCACCGGCGAUGUGUCGGUGAUCGAGCUUGAUGGGUCAGUGGACUACUUUGUGCGCAGCGGAUGCCUGCUGGCGCAGACAAAAUUUCUGAAUGUGUCGACGUGGAGCGGGCUGGGCGCUGGAUUCAACGCACUGGCGUUUGACCGGGUCGGCGGGCGCGGCACAGCAGUUAUCAAUACGUUCGGCGGUAUGCAUCGGCUAGUAUUGAAAGAGGGUGAGGAGUUCAUGGUUGAUCCGCGGUAUGUCGUGGCGUGGACGUCAUCGCUGAGCAUUGAGCCACAGUCGGGCCGGCCAAAGUCGCUCAAGGCUGCAGAAGUCGCAGUGAGUGAGACUGCCAGACCUGCUGCAGAGACCACCAAGCCGAUAGUCGAGGCAGAGACGCCGCGGGUUGCGCCGCUGAUGGGCAACAGCCCGUCGGUGGACAACAAGGUCGCGCCGCUGAGCAAGUCACCGGCAGACACCACACAGAAGAUGCGGCUAACGACCCAGGGCAAGAAUGAGUGGGCGGCAAAGAUCCUGUCGCUGCAGUUCCUGCAGCCGGCAUGGCAGGCAGUCAAGGGCGGGUUCAAGAGCGCAGUAUAUGUAUCAGCAGACGCAGUCAGGGUUAGCACCUGGGCAGCAGCCAAGACCGUCAAGACCGUGGCAGGCGUGCCGGACCUGUAUCGGGUCACUGGACCAGGGUACAUCUACGUGUCGACCAGGCUUGUCCCGCGGCCAUGGACUAGGCUGACGAGCGGUGUUUCGAAGUAAUUAAUAAUAAUUGAAUGAUUUGG